CCGUUGAAAAGAGGCUGGCACCUUCCUGACACUGAAAUGCAGCUGAGAAAACCUCCUCGUGUCCCCUGCCAAGGAAUCACAGCACCACAGCAUGGUUGGAAGGGACCUGUGGAGUUCAUCCAAUCCAACCUCUCCACCAAGACAGAUUCACCUAGAGAAAGUCACACAGGAACACGUCCGGAUCGUGGUGUGGGAUGAGGCUUUCUUCCAGGGCAAGAGGCACGAGUUCACCGCCGACUGCUACAGCACCCCCGAGCACGGCUUCAGCACCGUCCGCUCCUGCAAGAUCGAGAGUGGGGCAUGGGCAGGCUUUGAGCACAGCGGCUUCCAGGGGCAGCAAUUCGUGCUGGAACGUGGGGAGUACCCGUGCUGGGAGGCGUGGAGCGGCAGCAACGCUUACCACGUGGAGAGGAUGUGCUCCUUCCGUCCCAUCGCCUGCGCCGACCACGGGCACAGCAGGCUGAUGCUCUUCGAGCAGGAGAACUUCCAGGGCAGACGAGGGGAGCUGAGCGACGACUGCCCCUCGCUGCCCGCCCUGGGCUGGGGCAGCAGCUCCGUGGGCUCCUUCCUCGUCUGCUCCGGCGCGUGGGUCUGCUCCCAGUACCCCGGGUACCGAGGCUUCCAGUACCUCCUGGAGAGCGACAGCUCCACGGGCGAGUACAAGCACGUUCGGGAGUGGGGGUCCCACGCACAGACGGGCCAGGUGCAGUCCAUCCGCAGGGUCCAGCAGUGAGCGGCAGCAGCGGAGCCGCACGCAAGCCCUGGGCACCGUCUCUCCCGCGGGACGG